GGAGGCCUCUAUCCCAACCAGUUCUGCUGAUAUCGGAAUGGCCUGAGGAUCAGGUGUCAGCCUCUCCAGUGUGAAUAAUUCAUGCUAAGGCUAGGAAUGUUCUCUUCUCAGGAGCCUGUCUCUUUAAAUCAGGUCUGGAGCUUCCCAGUUGGGGGGAGGGGGGAAUCCAGAACAAAACAAAUCUAUAAACAGCUCAGCUCCCACCUCAGCCUUGGCCCCUUCUGAGACCCCCACUCCAUGCUGCAAAAUCUGCUCCUGUUCUUCCAACCUCUGGAGCCGGGAACCCUCCCACCCCAUUCGCCACUUACAGGUGGGGAAGCCUGAAGGGGUGGCUGGGCUGGUUGAUGGUGUCUAACGGAACCCCAGGGGUCUAGUGGGGUACCGAGAUGCCAGAGCAGGGAGGGAAAGCAAAGAGCUGAAUCACUACACACACACACACACACACACACACACACACACACACACACACACACACCGGUCCCUGUGGUCAACAGAGUGCUUGAGCAAGGAGUCCAGCCUGGUGGGGAAACCAGAUGGGAGAACUCCUAGCAGAGGGAGAGCAGCCAGAGAGUUGGGGGCAGGGGUGCGGGGGGACGGAGGGAGACUUCCACAGGGGAUGGGAUAGAGAAAAGUCUAGUCCCACAAGACCUUCAGGUGGUGACCCAAUGGGGUCCAAUGGAACUGGGGUCGCAGAGGAGGCGAAGGCUGGGGAUUUUCCAAUCUCUCUCUCCUAGUAAAGCCCUUUCCCUGAUCACAGAGAUUAGGAAGAGGUUGAAAAAUUAGUAACUUUCUCAGCGCCCCCUUCAUCCCUGCCUCCUCUGGUAGCGGCCGAUCUAAAUUCCUCUUCCCAAAAUUCUUCCUGGUGCUGCCCCACCUGCCUGCUCUCCCCAGCCGGCCCUGCCCCACACGUGCCAGAGAGAGGGGAGGAAGGAACCAGCUUAAUCCUGGGGGAUGGGGAGAAGGGGGGGAAGCAAGUCAGAGCCUCGCGGAGCCAAACUUCUCAGCAGCCCUGGAGCUGGAGAGGGGGGAGAGAAAACGCAGCAGCCGAAAGCCCUGAUUCUCCGGAGCCUCCCACCCCGCCUCCCUCGGCGAGGAGGGCGCGGAGGCUCCGCUGGGGGCGGAGGAGGAGGCUGGGAGGCGGGGAGGGGGGAGGCAAACCCUGCCCACUCGGCUCGGAGCCCGGAACAGCCGCGGAAGUCGGAGGCCCGCGCGCAGGGUGAGGAGGGCAGCGGGGGCGGGGGGCUCCGCUGCCCGCCUAACCCCUCUCGCCCCCAGCCAGGAAAGUGAAGGCUCCUCGGACUUUCGAGACGGCGGACAGACCCACACAGAUUGGCAGCCACUCCGGGUCAAGGACUUGCCCCACCCGUGCCUCCCACCAGGCGCUCCCAACUCACUGGUGAGCGCAGCGGCCCGGGUGCUGGAUGCAGGGACGGCCGCGAUGGCCCCGCGCGCGGGACAGCCGGGGCUCCGGGGACCGCUGCUGCCGGGGCUGCUGCUCGUGGCGGCGGCGCUGAGCCGGCCCGCUGCGCCGUGUCCCUUCCAGUGCUACUGCUUCGGCGGCCCGAAGCUUCUGUUGCGCUGCGCGUCGGGCGCCGAGCUCCGGCAGCCGCCGCGGGACGUGCCGCCCGACGCGCGCAACCUCACCAUCGUGGGCGCCAACCUGACGGUGCUGCGCGCGGCCGCCUUCGCCGGCGGGGACGCGGACGGGGACGAGGCGGCGGCGGGCGUGCGCCUGCCGCUGCUGACGGCGCUGCGCCUCACGCACAACAACAUCGAGGUGGUGGAGGACGGCGCCUUCGACGGGCUGCCCAGCCUGGCUGCGCUCGACCUGAGCCACAACCCGCUGCGCGCGCUGGGCGGCGGCGCCUUCCGCGGGCUGCGCGCGCUGCGCUCGCUGCAGCUCAACCACGCGCUGGCGCGGGGCGGGCCCGCGCUGCUGGACUCGCUGGACGCCGCGCUCGCCCCGCUGGCCGAGCUGCGCCUCCUCGGCCUGGCGGGCAACGCGCUGGGCCGCCUGCCGCCCGCCGCGCUGCGCCUGGCGCGCCUGGAGCAGCUGGACGCGCGCCUCAACGCGCUGGCCGGCCUGGGCCCCGACGAGCUGCGCGCGCUGGAGCGCGAGGGCGCCCUCCCCGGGCCGCGCCUGCUGCUCGCCGACAACCCCCUGCGCUGCGGCUGCGCCGUGCGCCCCCUGCUGGCCUGGCUGCGCAACGCCACGGAGCGCGUACCCGACGCGCGGCGCCUGCGCUGCGCCGCCCCGCGGGCGCUGCACAACCGGCCUCUGCUGGGCCUGGACGAGGCGCGGCUGCGCUGCGCCGACCGCGACGCCGACGGUCGCGGGGAAGACGCGGAAGCCGCGGGCCCGGAGCUGGAAGCCUCCUACGUCUUCUUCGGGCUGGUGCUGGCGCUCAUCGGCCUCAUCUUCCUCAUGGUGCUCUACCUAAACCGCCGCGGCAUCCAGCGCUGGAUGCGCAACUUGCGCGAGGCCUGCCGGGACCAGAUGGAGGGCUACCACUACCGCUACGAGCAGGACGCCGACCCGCGCCGCGCGCCCGCCCCCGCCGCGCCCGCCGGCUCCCGCGCCACCUCGCCGGGCUCGGGCCUCUGAGCUUCGCCUCCCGGGGGCUGCCCCUGCCAGCUGGUGAUCUUACGGGGGCCACCUGGCCUGAAGCCGUGGACAUGAGAUACCCGCGAGGUUGGAGCUCCUAGACCUGCCUGAGACCUUUGGAUCCUGGCAUUCCCCAACUCGGUGGCCCUGACCUGUACCCCUUCUCCACCGCCUCUGAGACCUACCGUCACAGACCCAGAGACAUACCUUCUGGUUCCAGAAACCCCAACUGCCCACCCUAGGUUCUGAAACAUCCCUCCUGGACCACUGAAACCCCCUCCCGGUUUCAAGACCCACCCAUAGACCCUGUCUGUCCUUCCAUCCGAAAGCUGCCUCCACCACCCUGGGCUUGGAGCCCCGGCACUAGACUGCGCUGACCCACAUUUCCAGCUUGGAGCUCUCAGCUCUCCUCUCAGGGCUCAUGGGCCCUCCCAUCCCAUUCUGGUCUCAAAAGCAGAGUGCCCCUAUCAGAAGGUUUUUGUGGACUUUGAGCCCUUUGUCCCAUCCCAGAGCUCUGAGCCUUCCAUCCUACAUGGAGACCCAUAUCCUUGGGCUCUGAAGGUCAGGCACCCUCCUCCUUAUGAGGAUAUAUUUCAUACCCCUGCCUCCCUCAUCACACACAAACGCACGCGCACACACACACACACACACAGCUCUGGCUCAGGCCCCUCCCUUCCUCGGUCCAGGCCUGGGCUGAGCUCCCAGUCUGUAUCCCCCAGGGACAAGCACACUCCCUUCUACCCUUAGUGUAGAGCCGACCCUCAGCCUUUUCCACCCAGGCUCUGAUCUCCCAAUACUCAGUGCUUGCCCCCAGUCUCAGACUCUCAGCUCUUCACCCCAGUCUGAGUUUCAUCCCACUGCCCAGGCCUUAGGCUCUCGACUCCCCCACAUCUAGUACCUGUACUCAGUCCCCACCUCUGCCACUCACUAGUCAAGAUCCUGGAUGUGUUCACCCCCUCUCCUCCCUGGAUGAGAUCUCCAGUCUGCCAGACAGGUGCAGGUGCCAAGCAGCCCUAGUGCUU